CUCUCUUCUUCUUCUUUUCCUUCCCUUGUUGUGGCAUGGAAGAAAGCCUAGAGUACCAAAAGAAGAGUUGGAUUGCUCUAAAAAAGAGCAUAAAUGGGCUGCUCAAUAAAAUCAAUAAAGCCAACAUAAAACACAUCAUUCCUGAAUUGUUUGAAGAGAAUUUAAUUCGUGGUAGGGGCUUGUUUUGCAGAUCAAUUAUGAAAUCACAAUUGAAUUCUGCUAUUUUCACAGAUGUUUUUGCAGCAUUGAUAGCCGUUGUUAACACAAAAUUCCCACAAAUUGGUGAACUUUUGUGUAAGAGGAUCAUUCUGCAAUUGCGGAGAGCCUAUAACAAUAAUAAUAAACCUCAGAUGUUAGCAUCUGUAAAAUUUAUUGGUCAUCUUGUCAAUCAGCAAGUUGUUCACGAACUUGUAGCUUUGGAAUUAGUUACUCUUUUACUCGAGAAACCUACUGAUGAUAGUGUUGAUGUUGCUGUUGGUUUCGUUAAGGAAUGUGGUUCGAUGCUUCAGGAUCUGUGUCCCUUAGGGUUGCACGCUAUUUUUGAGAGAUUCAGAGGAAUACUUCAUGAAGGAGAAAUAGAUAAAAGGGUUCAAUUCUUAAUUGAAGACCUUUUUGCAUUGCGGAAACACAAGUUUCAGCCAGCUGUUCCUCCAGAACUUGACCUUGUUGAGGAGGAAGAUCGAGUAACACAUGAAAUCUCUCUCGGAGACAAGGUGGACGAGCAAAUUGAAUUGGAUGUUUUCAAGCCAGAUCCUAAUUUUGUUGAAAAUGAAAAUAAGUAUGAACAACUACAGAAGAGGAUUCUAGGUGGUGGUGAUCAGGACGAAGAAUCUGAGGAUGACGACGAAUCUAAGGAUGAGGGCGAGCAACAGAUGAAAAUUGAAGAUGAGACAGAGACAAACUUGAUCAAUCUUCGGAGGACGAUUUACUUAACGAUUAUGUCAAGUGCUGAGUUUGAAGAAGCAGGGCACAAGCUGUUGAAAAUCAAACUAGAGCCUGGUCAGGAGAUGGAGUUAUGCAUAAUGUUAUUGGAGUGCUGCAGUCAGGAGAAGACUUUUCUCCAUUACUAUGCACUUUUGGGGCAGCGGCUAUGCAUGAUCAACAAAGUUCACCAGAAGAAUUUUGAGAAAUCAUUCAUGCAACAAUACUCGAUGAUCCACCAACUUGAAACUAAUAAACUGCGUAAUGUGGCAAAGUUUUUUGCUCAUUUACUAGGCACUGAUGCACUGCCUUGGCAUGUUUUGGCUUAUUUAAGAUUGACAGAAGAGGAUACUACAUCUUCUUCUCGUAUAUUCAUUAAAAUUUUAUUCCAGGAGUUGUCAGGGCACCUUGGCAUCCGUAUGCUGAAUGAGCGUCUUAGUGACCCCUCAAUGCAAGAGUCAUUUGAGUCGAUAUUUCCAAAGGAUAAUCCUAAAAAUAUGAGGUUUGCUAUCAACUUCUUCACAUCCAUUGGUCUAGGUGGGAUAACUGAAAAUCUGCGAGACUAUCUGAAGAACAUGCCAAGGCUUAUCUUGCAGCAAGACAAACGUGUUUCCAGAUCAAGUGAAUCAGAUGAUGAUCGUCCAAGGAAGAGGAGGAGAAGUUAGGUAGUAAAUUGCUUUUAGUGUUGUGAUUCUUCUUUAACAUGUUCUAAUGUUCUAAUAUGUGCCAAUUGGAAAAAUCUUUUGUUCUAUUUUUUCUCUCUGUUUUGGAGGUUAGAUGCUCUUUGAUUUCUUUCUUUAUGUACAUAUACUGUUAAUGAGAAUGAGUACAACAAACAUGUAUUGAUCUUUUAGGAAAUCAACGAGUUACAUUGGU